AUGUGUAGAUCGACGGAUUUCGAUCGUUACGUUGAGAAAGAGAGCUUAAAGGUCAAAGCUUUCUACGUCCGGUUCACCGGUUUACCCACCCGAGACUUCUCACCCGACUCUCUCACUCUUCUCUACCCUCCACGGAUCAACGAAGCUGCUUUCGAGCUCGACGGGUCCAAGAUCCGACCCGACUCCCCAGCGUUUGUGACUCUACACAGAGUCGUCAAAGGAGGAGAGGCGAUCUACGGGUGUAGAGAACGGGUCCGGGUCUGGGAAGGGAUCCGGUUCGAGGUGUACAUGAGCGAGGAGAGAGUUGUGAAAGGUAUCUUCAGGAAAGAGGAAGGAGGAGACAAGUGGAAGAUCGAGUGCGAGUGUGAGAUGGAAGAAGGAGCCGCUGAGGUUGUUGUAGCGGCGGAGGGACACGUGGCGACGUCGACGAUGGCGAGGAGACAUAGGCGGAGGAGGAAGCAUAUGAUGUUUGAGUGUUUGGAGGAGAUACCUGAGGAGAGAGAGGAAGGGAGGGAGAGGGAGGAUAGCGUUUGUUUUUGCACGUGCGGGGGCGGUGAAUCGGAGGAUGGGGAGGGAGAGUGGGAGAGUGUGGAGUGGACGGCUGAGAUGGAGUCUGAGGCUGAGGGGAUGGGUUGGGCCGUUGAUGUGGGGAUUUGGGUUAUGUGUUUAGGUGUGGGCUACUUGGUGUCUAAAGCUUCUGCUAAAAGCUUGAGAAGUGGAGGAGGAAGAAGAAGAAGAACAAGAAGUUUCUUUUAA